CUGCGCUCCGGGGGCAGCAGCGAGGUCGGCGGCCGCUCGCGGCGCUGCGGACGGGCGGGCCGGGCGCGGGGCCGGGCAGCUGCGCCACGGGUGGCAUUGUGUGUCCCGGCGUGCAGAAGCGAGUCCCAAGAGAGAGGCGAGGCUGAGCCCUCAGCAGGGAGGCCUCCCUUCCCCCGCCUCAGGCUGCUGAGCCCUGAGCAGCGCUCAGAAUGGAAGCCAUCGCCAAAUAUGACUUCAAAGCCACUGCAGAUGACGAGCUGAGCUUCAAGAGGGGGGACAUCCUCAAGGUUUUGAAUGAAGAAUGUGAUCAGAACUGGUACAAGGCAGAGCUCAAUGGGAAAGACGGCUUUAUUCCCAAGAACUACAUAGAAAUGAAACCACAUCCGUGGUUUUUUGGCAAAAUACCCAGAGCCAAGGCAGAAGAAAUGCUCAGCAAACAGCGGCAUGACGGGGCCUUUCUCAUCCGCGAGAGCGAGAGCGCGCCCGGCGAUUUCUCCCUCUCCGUCAAGUUUGGAAAUGACGUGCAGCACUUCAAGGUGCUCCGAGAUGGAGCGGGGAAAUAUUUCCUCUGGGUGGUGAAGUUCAACUCCUUGAAUGAGCUGGUAGAUUACCACAGGUCGACGUCUGUCUCCAGAAACCAGCAGAUAUUCCUGCGGGACAUAGAACAGGUGCCGCAGCAGCCGACGUACGUCCAGGCCCUCUUUGACUUUGACCCCCAGGAGGACGGAGAGCUGGGGUUCCGCCGGGGAGAUUUCAUCCAUGUCAUGGAUAACUCUGACCCCAACUGGUGGAAGGGGGCUUGCCACGGGCAGACCGGCAUGUUUCCCCGCAACUACGUCACCCCCGUGAACCGGAACGUCUAAGAAUCCAGAGGAGGCUAUUUAAAGCAGUGAAAAGUUGAAAACACACGAAAGAAUGACAGCCCCGGGCUGCCUCUCCCAGCAGCCUAGCAGGAGCCCGGACACCUGGCUGGGUCACCUCUCGCCUGUGACUCUCUGACCUGGGUUGGAACUUCGGGGGGUGGGAGGGGGCAUUGGAUAUAAAAAUGCCAAAACUUACCUAUUAAGAAAAGAGUUUUUAUUACAAAUUUUCACCGCUGCUCCUUUGCCCCGCCUUUGUCCUUUUUCUCGUCCUUUUUCUCCUGUUCCUCAGUGCAUGACGUUUAAGGCCACGUAUAGUCCUAGCUGAUGCCAAUAAUAAAAGAAAAGAAACCA